ACAUUAAUUUUUGGAUUGUGAGUAGGGCCAGAGGCCCAGGGUCCAAAUCCACGGAAUAAUGCCCAAGAAAUGAAAGCAAUUGCCACGUGGCCCAAUCUCCACACACGCCUCAUCCAUCUAAUCUGGAAACCCAAACAAACUAUACUCAGCCACACAGUCACGCAAUCACACUCUUCUUCUUCCAUUUAAUUUUCCCUGUAAAUAUCCAACCUGAAAAAAGCUCUCCAUUUUUUCUCAAAUUCAUCACUUAGAUAUCCAGAUCCCCAAUUAUUUUAUCCUCACCGGCUAAUUAGUACCGGUUCCCCGAUGGCUGCCGUUCUCGAAACCCUAACCGUGCCUCGCGCCUCCGCCGCCUUGCCGUCGGCUUCGUUUGCUCCGAUUGCAGGUUCUUCGUUCACCAUUCGUGUCAGAUUCUCUGAGUUUAAAGGACUUAAGAUCCAACCGACUAGGUCGUCUUCUCUCACUUCUAGUUCCAGUUCCAGACUCGCUCGCCGUGGAAGUAAAAUUGUUUGCGAAGCUCAGGACACAGCCGUUGUAGUGCCGGCAGUUAAGGAUGACGGAUGGCAGUCACAAGUCCUAGAUUCUGAGGCUCCUGUUCUGGUCGAGUUUUGGGCACCCUGGUGUGGUCCGUGCCGAAUGAUUCACCCUAUCAUUGAUGAGCUAGCUAAAGAGUAUGCUGGAAAGCUUAAAUGCUACAAGGUUAAUACUGAUGAUGCACCCUCAAUUGCGACUCGAUAUGGCAUCCGAAGCAUCCCUACUGUCAUGAUAUUCAAGAGUGGGGAGAAAAAAGAUGCUAUCAUUGGCGCAGUUCCAAAGCAAGUGUUGACAACUAGCAUAGAGAAGUUCUUGUAAAGGGACGAGUAUCCAGUUAAUGAUGUUUAAAGAAAAGAUUGAAUAAUUCUAAGAUGCGUAUGUAUAGUUUGAUGAUACUUUCUCUCUUUUCUCUUGAGAUAAUGUUAGUUACGAAAAGUUCCUUACAGUCGAAUGUAGUAAUAGAACCAACAGCUGUAUGCCUUCUCAUGUUCCUUCAUCUACUAUACGAUGCAUCAAUAUUGGGAGCUCAUUUCCCCUCUGCAUUUUGAUCUUGGCUCAAUUGCUUCUCUUUCUCUGUACAUGAAAGGCAGCAACAAUGCUGCUGCUGCUGCUAGAAUAUAUGAUAGUUAUCAUGUUGAUAAGCCGAGGUUCAGCAUGAUGUCUGGGAGGAGUUCGGAUCGUAGGAUCCGAACAGGUAUGCAACGAUCAGAGAAAGAAAAUGAAAAAUGAUUGGUGGUGAUCUACUCUUGUCAUUCUUUCUUUGCACAGCAUGUUUCUUCAUUCUAAAGUGUUGUAAUUAGUGAGUUGAGAUUCUGAUCAUGUCACAAAAAACGAACAAGCAGAGGGCAAAGUUGCCUCAAACGUCUAUUUAAAAAAGCAACCAUAAAAUGGAA